AUGGUUGAAGGUUUCUCCCACCCGGGGAGUAAUGAGAUUCGGAAAGAAAGGCAAGCUAAGCCCCCGGUUUAUUGCCCCUAUGAGAUUCUCGAGAAGAUAGGGAACCUAGCUUAUCGUCUGGCACUGCCAAUGGAGUUGGAGAGGGUGCACAAUGUUUUUCAUGUGUUCCAGUUGAAGAAGUAUGUGCACGACCCUUCUCAUGUGAUUUCGUCAGAAGUGGUACCUCUUGACGGUACUAUGUCUUAUGAGGAGAGACUGCUCCGGAUUUUGGAUUUCAAAACGAGAGAGACCCGCAGGAAGUCGGUAAAGAUGGUAAAGGUGUGGUGGUCUCAUCAUGGAGUAGACGAGGCAACCUGGGAGUUAGAGUCCGUCAUGAGAGUGUUAUCCGGAUCUGUUUACCUCAGGUACCCCGCGUUUCCUUUCUUGGUGUGUAGUCUUAAGCCGGGUGUUGGGUAG